GACCGUUGCUCCUGCGCGCCCCCGUCCUCCCGCGCCGGCAGGGCCGCAGCGGCAUGAGCGCCGGCUCCGCCUGAGCGCCGGGCCCCGCCUGACCGCCGCCCCCGGCACCCGGCCGCCACCCGGCACCCGGGCAGCCGCCGGGCCCCGUCGGACGCUGGCGGCCGCCUCGCGCCGAGGAUGCUGAAGAUGAAGCUGCCCCUGAAGCCGACGAGCCACAGGGCGGCGGCGGAAGAGGCGGCCGCGGCGGCGCUAGGGCUGAAGGAGGCCGGCGCGGCCCCGGACCGCCACCCCUCGCCGCCGCCGCCGCCGCAGCAGCAGCAGCAGCAGCAGGUGCCCCGGGCGCCGGGCCGCGGGGGAGCCGCCGCGGGGCGGGGGUGCGGGCUGGAGCGGCCGAGCCAGCUGCACGGCCUGGGGCCGGGGCCGGGGCCCGGGCCAGGCCCGCCGCCCUCCGCCUUCCCGGGCGGCUCCGGCCCCGGCGCGGCGGCGGCCCGCACCGACAAGGAGACGGUGUACGAGUGGUUCGGGCUGGUGCUGGGCUCGGCGCAGCGGUUGGAGUUCAUGGUGGGGCUGCUGGACCUGUGCAACCCGCUGGAGCUGCGCUUCCUGGGCUCCUGCUUGGAGGACCUGGCCCGCAAGGACUACCACUGCCUCCGCGACUCCGAGGCCAAGGCCAACGGGCUGAGCGACCCCGGGCAGCUGGGCGACUUCCGAGACCCGGCCGUGCGUUCCAAGCUCAUCGUCUACCUGGCCCUGCUGGGCUCCGAGAACCGCGAGGCCGCCGGCCGCCUGCACCGCCUCCUGCCCCAGGUGGACUCCAUCCUGCAGAGCUGCCCGGCAAGGAGAACCCGGGCGGGCGGCGCCGAGGAGGACGGGGCCGAGGACGAGAUGGUGGUGGUGAUGGACGGGGCCGGAGAGAACGGACGGGGCCAUCUCCCCGCCGCACAGGGCCUGGGCUUCGGCGCGCAGGAGGAGCUGCUCCUGCUCUUCACCAUGGCCUCGCUGCACCCGGCCUUCUCCUUCCACCAGCGGGUCACGCUGCGAGAGCACCUGGAACGGCUGCGGAGGGCCCUGUGCGGGGACCAGGAGGAGGAAGAGGGUUUCGGCCGCCACCGGGCCCAGGAUGACUUUUCCCGCAGUGAUUGCACGUCAAGUAAUGAGACCAGUUUGCUAGAACGGACCACAGCACCUCAUGAUGGACUACCGGUGGCUUCCCAUAGACCUCAACGAGAAGCUGUACACAUUGAGAAGAUAACCCUGAAAGGAGUACCAAGAAAAAGGGCUGACAAACAUCUGGAGUACACAUUCAAAGUAACGUGGUCCGAUCUUUCAGUAACAUGUGUAACAAAAACACACCAGGAGCUUCAGGAAUUCCUACUAAAACUUCCAAAGGAACUGUCUUCUGAAGCAUUUGACAAGACCAUUCUAAGAGCACUAAAUCAGGGUUUUCAGAAGAGGGAAGAACGAAGGCAUGCUGAUCUUGAGCCCAUAAUCAGGCAGCUAUUUUCAAAUACAUCACAAGCUUUUCUGCAGAAUCAGAGAGUAUACAACUUCUUCCAAUCAAUUUCAUCAGAAUCUUUGCACACUCACAGUAACUUACAACCCUCUUUGAAGACGGUUAAAGCACCAGAACACUUCAAGGAGGACAGUUCAGAAGCUUCAAGUCAGGAGGAAGGUAGUGGUGUACUCAAAGAUGUAAUGCAGCAUGCAGCAGUCCACAAGAAACAUAAUGGAAAAAGUCCCGUUGCCAACAGCACUAGCAGUGCAAAGUGUUCUUCACUGGAUAGCCUUAACAUACAGCACUCUGAGCAAAAUGGGGUAGUGGACUGGAGAAGGAAAACCUGUAUUGUCCAGCAGCACCCGGAGCACUGUACAAAUAUACUUGACCAGCAUGCAGGGGAAAAACGAAGUUUAUCUGCAGUAAGCAAGAAGAAGGGAAAGCCACAGCUGGAAAAGGAGAAAGCAAAGAAGGCUGACUGCCGGCUGAAUAACAGGACAAAUGGAGUUAGAGUUGCAGCAUCACAGCACAUCCGUACAGGGACAGCAAAAGAUCUGAAUUUGGACACUGGAUCUGGUCACGAUACAUGUGGAGAAACAUCGUCUGAAAGUUACAGUUCUCCUUCUAGUCCACGACACGACGGGAGGGAAAGCUUUGAUAGUGAAGAAGAAAAAGACAGAGACACGGACAGCAAUUCUGAGGACUCUGGAAAUCAAAAUGCAACCAGGUUUACAGGCUACAGUGCUGUCAGUUCAUCCAAUGUGAACAAAUCGUCUGCUCAGAUCUCUUCAGCGAAUAAUGAAAACGGAAGCCUUUCAGAAGAUCCUUUGAAUGCAAAGUUUCAACACAUUUCCUUUAUGCCUGCCUUACACUGUGUGAUGCACAGCGCUGCCCAAAAGCCUGAAGCGGUUGUCCCGCCCCCCAUAUCCGCAGAUGGGAAGACAAUGGGAAUGCUUGUUACCACGCCUGUUGCUGUCUCACCGGUGAGAGAGUCUGCAAAUUCACCUCCUGGUGGAAUGGGCCCAGUGACUUCUGGCGAACCUGAGAAGCGCCUUGAGCUGAUGGCCUCCCCUUUGCCAGUCCCAUCCACUUUUCUCCCGCAUUCUGUCCAGCCUGGUAGCCCUGCUUUGCAUUUGGCAAUACACAGAUUGAAAAUGCCCUCUCCACAGGGAUCGUCAGAAAGUUGCACAGUUAAUGGACCACAGCAGCCGACAGGAAACUUAAGUAUUGGAUCACCAAAUACUGCCUUUAUCCCAGUCCACAACCCAGGUAGUUUCCCAGGAUCCCCAGUUCCUACUACAGAUCCCAUCGCAAAGCCUGCAUCCCAGGUGGUAGGACUGAAUCAAAUGGUGCCUCACAUUGAGGGAAACCCCGGAGCAAUCCCUCAGCCUACCAAUCUGAAGGUAGUUCUUCCAGCAGCUGGUCUCUCCUCAGCAGCGCCGCCACCUCCACCAGCUUCAUACGCUUUGCCAGUCAGUCCUCAUGCUACCAGUGUGUUGCCCAACCAGAAUACAAACGUGUUAAACACUGUAGCAACUUCCUCACCACCUCAAUCAGCUGGUUUAGGUGUGGGUCAGAUCCAGUCCUCCGUUCCUCCUGCAAUACCUACACACACGCCAGGCCCUGCCCCUAGCCCAAGCCCUGCUUUAACACACAGCACUGCACAGAGCGACAGCACAUCCUACAUAAAUGCUGUUGGAAAUAAUAACACUAAUGGGACAAUGUUACCUCCACAGCAGCUGGGAUCUGGUCCUUGUGGUUCUUGUGGACGUAGGUGUAGCUGUGGGACCAAUGGAAGCCUUCAGAUUAAUAGCUAUUUUUAUCAUAACCCACUUCAUGGACAAGUCUACAGAGUUCCAUCUUUCUUCACUCUGCCAUCACUUUGCAAUGGCAGCUACCUCAAUCAAGCACAUCAAAGCAAUGGAACGCAACUUCCUUUCUUCCUGCCUCAGUCUCCGUAUGCAAACGGGCUUAUGCAUGACCCAGUAAUGGGGAGCCAAGCCAACUAUGGUAUGCAGCAGAUGGCAGGAUUUGGGAGGUUCUAUCCUGUAUAUCCAGCACCUAACGUAGUUGCCAACACAAAUGGGUCGGGACCCAAGAAGAAUGGGAACGUUUCAUGUUACAAUUGUGGUGUAAGUGGACACUAUGCGCAGGACUGUAAGCAGUCAUCCAUGGAGGCCAGUCAACAAGGCACUUACAGACUGAGAUACGCACCUCCCCCUCCCCCUUCCAAUGAUACCUUGGAUUCUGCAGACUGAAACAAGUAAACAUUGCCUACUUAAACUGAAGCUUGGGGAAUUGGGGGAAGCUCUCUUACAGGACACGCGCAGGCCCCAGCACGAGAGCGGGCAGCUGAGCAGUGGCGGGGCUUCGGGUGAAAACCUCACGGGACUCGAGUAGCUCCUUGAUGUCCAGAUCUGCUGUGAGGUGUGCUCUGACGAUGAUUCCCAGUUUCACAGUGCUGGCUAUGUUGGGUCUCAUCUUCUCAUUUUUGGCCUCAAACCACAUCCAUCUCUACCAUGUCCUGCAUUGCUUGCUUCCAGUGGAGCAAUGGGGUCAACCUCCAAACCCUCACUUUCAGCUCUGAUGCUGCUGGAUGUCACUGUUAACAUGGCUGUAAGUCUUGUCUCAGAGUUAUCUGUUCAUUUUUGCAAUCAUUUUUCUGCAUUGUUAUCGUGUCACAUUAGGAUGAUGUCAUGCUUUGGCUCUUAGAGCUCUAAAAGUUCAGGCAGUGCAAUUAGGGAUGAGUUCACUCCCCUGGUUCAUUUACUUCCCAGCACCAAGCAGACUGGCCUUGCCUUUUCACAUGUGUUGAGCAUUAACGGUGGUGAGGAGACAAGGUCCAGCCCUGUCUCUGGGGCAGGAGGCAUCAGAGGGGAGUGGAGCUGUGCUCUCUGCCUGUUGUAGGGUUUAGGUGAAAUUACAGAAUCACUGAGGUUGGAAAAGACCUACAAGGUCAUGCAGUCUAACAACCCACCUACCACCUAUAUUCCCCACUAAACCAUGUCCCUGGCACAGCUUGGGGGGCUCAACAGUGACCUCCCAGCCCCACCACUGGUGUGUCUGAGUGCUCUGUGUAAACGUGUGAAACCCAGACUGUGGGACAUUGCCUUCAGAGCUGGCAUCAGCAUGGAGAUCCUUCACCACACCCCUCUCAUGUCCUUCGCAGCCGGAUCAAGGGGCAAAGGUACCAAGUGCCCAUGGGGAGGGCGGUGCUCAUAGCCUGCCCUGUCCUGCUCCUGUGGAAACUCACCUUGUGCUGCACUCCUGGGGAAACAUCCAUGCGGGGCUUUUCUUCCUGCUUAGGUUUCCAAAUAGUGCUUCAAGGUUGUAGCUACAGCACGUUAAAUACUCCUAAAGACCAAAUUAUCCGUGCACUUAGGAAUCCUCUGGAAUUAAUUAUAAUUCCAUCUCUAUGAGACACAGAGAUACUUCUGUCCCCUUUUGUGUGCAUUGUAAACAGAGGUACUGCUAGGCUGGAGUCACAAAUCAUGCUGUCCACGGCGGACAUUUGGUUUGAGGGAAAGGUGGAAGAUGUGGGUUAGAAGCCCAGGGCUACAUCUGUGCCCCUAUAAAAGAUGGGCAUGGGGCUGUGGGGUGGAGCUCUGGAAUCAGUCCUCUUUGUAAGUAUGUGGGUACACGGCUGUGUUCUCAAUGUGGUCCCGGGGAAAAGGUGGGGAAGGUGGGGUGAGAGCACUGAGUUAUUUGCUAAGCACGAGUCAUAGCAUGUAUCCCCCCCACUGGAGGGAAUCCAGGCUUGAAUUGUGCCAAAUGGGGCAGCGGUGUGCUGAGUCACCACUGCUCUGCCGAGGACCUUUGUUACCGGAGGGCUGAACAACUAUAGCGUGCAGGUCUGGUAUUAGAAAUCCAGCAAUUACAAUCAAGCCAGGUUGAUUACAGAGCAUGAUUUUAGGUGCUUGAGAAAUUCUGGCCUCCGGCUCAGAAAAACGUUGCAGGAACUUGCCAGAAAGCAGAGGGAGCAAAUGGUGGUGGAGGGCCGGGUCAUUUGGCUGCAUGAACUGCUCUGUGUUUGCUCUGCUGAGGCUUCCACCCUGAAAUCAACGCCAGAACAAAUUCAUCCCCUGCCUUAGACCCACCAAACUGCACUACAGCAGAUAAGGGCAACUCCGCUGUGCACCCAGCCCGAGGUGCCACGUAGGGCUGCCAUAUAAGCUGUGUGACUGGCUGGCCUGAAAUCCAGGACAGUUCUACCCCUCACUGUGCACAACUACUCUGAAGGGGGAACCGACCGCAGCAGUAAUUGGCUUCACUUCUGUACUCAGCUGCUCUGCCUCGCACAAGUGUUUCAGUGCUUUCUGCUUGUGUCAAUUGCUCCUGGAAGCGCCGGGUCGAUGUUUUCUCAAGCAGGAAACUCAACUUUCAUUGGCCUCCCAUUCAGAGCCCAUUGCUCGCCUCACCUCCCUGCUGCCAGCGCCGCUUCCUUGACUGUGUGUGGUCUUUUUGCCAAAUCCUGACAUUUUUUAUUUUUGGUUAACAUCAGAAUGGGAGUCCAGAAUAAUGACUCUUUCACUUGGCUCUUAAAUAGGCCAUGCUGCUUGUCCACAUAAACAGUCUCUUCAUGCAUCUUGUCACUGCCUUCUAGGCUUCCUUGGGAAAAAAAAAGAAGGAGCCAACAAAACACUUUAUGUUUUAUAAGAUGCCUUUUCUUCCUCGUGAAUUGCCCUUGCCCUGUAGGAUAGACAGAAAUGGGCCCCAAAGGAUGAAUACUAAGCAGCUUUGCCAAGGUACAGUUCGGCUGUAGGACAUCCUGCCUAUCCAAGGGCUGUCCGGCAAGACCUUGAGAGCAGGGGAUUCGAAGCACAGUGGCAAUGAGGCUGCCUCUGCAGGAAGGAAGAGCCUUCCUGGGUCAGAAAGCACAGCCUCUAUCAUUGCUCACCUCUCCCGUAAGCUUAUAGACUACCACAGCUCCUUUAUGGAGGUAAUUAGGCUGGGUUGUGUUCUUCUCUCAGUAGAAGGUUGUCCCAGAGCCUUGUAUCUCUCAGGAUUAGAAACCAGAUAAGAUGGGUGUAGCCUUGUGGGGUCAGUGGAAGGGUCCUUUUAAAUAUCAUAUGCCUGGCAUUAGUCUGCAGCAUAUGUAGAUGAGAAAAUCCGUUAAAUUUAUUAAAAGCAGUUAGAAUAUACCACCUCAAACAAACUGCGAGCAUCUGUGUGGAAAAUGCAUCUACAAAUGGCGUUAGUGAGGCCACAUCUUGCAUAUAGUGUCCAGUUACAGGCUCCUUGAAUACAAGAGGGGCAUUGACCCACUAGAGCAAGUCCAGUGGGACAUGGUAAGGUCACCACGUGGCAUUUCUUUAGGCUGAAGCUGUCAGAUAGGUUCCUUGUGCUGCAAGUCUUCUGUCAGUACGUUCACCUUUUCCCCUUUCCCGUUCCAGUUUACGUGCCCUAACCACUUCCAAGAACGAGGUCACCGAAAGGGUCGCGACCAAGAGCCAGGAGGUGGCUUGGAAACCAGGUCACAUCUCCAGCAGAUGUGGAGCAGGGCAACUGGGCGGGUAAUGUUCCAGCUAUGCGGGUGGUCAAGGUCCACACCCACACUCAGCUCCUGGGUCUGCUUUCUGUGGUGGCCAAAACAUGACCUUACGUGGCCGCUUGCCACCCAGUGCUGGCAGGAGCCCUGCCCUCUCCAAAAUCUGGCCCUGGUCCCCAAGGUUCAAUGGCCAGAAGAUCCCUGUGACACACACACUGGGGAUGGAGCCCAACCUCUUGGUGUCCAGAAAACAAAUCAGAUGGUCACAGAUAGGAAUGGGAUGGUAGGACCUGAAGGAAGUGUCCUUCCCUCCACCGAUGGUGGAGCGCAAUCCCUCUGAGUUCUGUGAAAUGAAUGUGCCAUGCUGAGGUAAAAUGGCUGCUGCCCUCUCUGCUGCUCUAACUAAAUCAGGUCAAAAGCGUGUUUUAAGUGAAAAUGGUGGGGGCCUCUUGGGCAGGAACAAGCCCUCGGGCAUUUCUGACCAUACUCUUAUUGCAGCCCACCCUCCAAUGCUUUAAAGCAAAAUAAGGCACUUAAAAUGGAUAGUCAUACCCACGGGACCAUCACUCUCCAUUGUGAACCUUUCAUGAACCCAGGAAAAAAAAUCAAUAAAGGGGAUUAAAAAAAAAACAAACAACAAAAAACAACCAAGAAAAUCAUAUUUCACGUCCUCUGUGGCAGCAGAUCUGCAGAGAAGUUGUGGGGUUGUUUGCCUCUGGGCCGGGCUGGGGGAAGAAAAACAACCGGUGAUGUAGGCUUCCCUGUAGGGGAUUAGGUUUCAUUUUAAAAUUUAAACAAACACAGCAAUCUUAGCGUAAGCUCCUGGGAGAUUAAACAUUCUGGCAUGAGCCUGGGCAUAAGGAGCAGAAGGCCAGGACUCAGGAGACAUCAGGAUUGCCGUCUUCUCCACCACUAUGCAACCUGUUGUGUGGUCAUCUCCUGCUUUGUUUAAGCCAGAUCUUCAAGGCUGAAUUCUUCCUUCUGGUUUCGGUGGGAGUAAGAGCUUGGAUGCCUUGAGAAGGGCCACUUGUGAGAGCUCUGAGGUGAGGGCUGGUCCAUACGUAUCUGUAAGAUGACGUGGUCCGAUGGCCAUCCCUAUUGAGUAGGGGAUGGUGUAAGGAGUCAAAUCACUGUGCGGUGAUUCAUAUUUUCUUCUGAAAGGUUCGCUUGGGGCAGGGAAUGUGUGGGGUUGAAGUCUUUCGGGGCAAGGGCCAGUCAUCUUUUCCCUAUGUGAAAUGUCCUCCCCGCUGGUGGUUAUAUACGUAACAGGGUGGCCAGGGACAAACUUCAGCUCCUGACCUCAUUUUCCUCACACACCUCACCCCGUGCAGAAAGGAGGGUUGCCCACUGUUUGCCCCAGCAGGCAGGCAGUGUUUGGUAUGUGCAGCUGUACGCAGGCGGGCAGGGAGAGGUAUGUGUGAUGUACAAAUAGGCCGCUGCUCGCAAUACACCUUGAUUGCACGGUUGUAUUGUAGAUGGAGGUGACACCAAAUAUUAUUGUGCAACGGGAGGUUUUUCCAGAGUUGCGCAAUGGCAGGAUCCCAUGCUGAAGAUCAAGGAACUCUGACUAAUUGAUUUCAGGUAGCAAAGCGUGCCCAGGCCACUAAAAACUCCAUACGUUACCUGUGUGAGCACCACAGAAACCAUCCUGACAGAGAUUAAAGAGUUUUAAUUUGUUUUACAUCAAGAUUAAUCUGCCUGUCAUAGGCUGAGGAACACUUGCUAACAAAUACCUGCUGUCUGCUGGGGUAGGACACUAAGUCCUGCUUUUCUCCCUAUAUGUCAGGGGCUCCCAGGGCCCAUUCAUGCAAUGCAGGGCAGCACGUCCCGCUGUGACCACCUGGUUGCUUCUGCGGGAGAGAAGACGCUGCCAGACCCUUGCAAGGCAGCUCUGGUGGAAAGAGAGCCUGGCUCUGGGGUUGAGUGGGUAGAAUGAUCUGUGAGGGCAGGAAGUGUAUUGUUCUGAUGUGACUUUUCCUUGCCCCUGGAGCUGAAACUGCUAUCAAUGAAUCUUAGUUUGUGCUCCGUGCCAGGGCUCCGUGCAUUACUGCAACAAAAGCUGAGCCAGGAGCUGUCCUCAAUCCUGAGAGAGGCCGUGAGGUUUCACAUCUUGUCUGCAGCCCUGGCGCUGUACAUCAGAUCUCUAUAAUUGAGUUAAGCAUACAGCGUGGUUCUAGGAUAGACUGAGCUUUUGUCUCCUUUUGUCUUGGCAAGAAGGAAUUGUUCUCCAGAUAUACAGGGAAAACAGCAAGGGAUUUUCCAAAACCACAAAACAAUUGCUCUAGGUAUACUGCUGCAGCAAACAGAGCCUGCUCUCUUUAUAGCUGAUGUUUCUUGGUAAACACGGGGCUUGCUGCAAUGAGGAACAUUUGAAAGGCAAAAUCUUGUGAUUUAAGAUCUCAUCCAGGGUAUUCACAGGAGACAGUGCUGACACUCGUUCUGCUUUUCGUGACAGUAAAUCAUCAGCAAGAAUUUGUGAUCGUCUCACAUAGACAUAUCUAUAUGAUACAUAUAAUUACUUUUCUCUCUCCAUGUAUUUACUUUUCUUAAAAACCUGGCAAAAAACUCUUCUCAGAACCUGAGAUCUGAAUGUUUCUUAGCAGCAGCACCAAGUGCCAGAGGAAGAUGCGACCAGGAUUUGUACUCCAGGUGAGGUCUCACCAGCACAGAGUAUAGGAGCAGGAGCACCUCCCUUGCCCUGCUGACCACGCUUGUCUUGAUGCAGCCCUGGAUACAGUCAGCUUUCUGGGCUGUGGGGGCACACUGCCAGCUCAUGUCCCAUCCACCAGUACUCCCAAGUCCUUUUCAUCAGGGCUGUGCUCCAUCCUUUCUUCCCCGAGCUUGUACUGAUAGCAGGGGUUUCUGGGGCCCGGGUGUAGGACCUUGCACUUGGCUUUGCUGAACAUCAUUAAGUUCUCCUGGGCUUUCUGCUUGAGUGUGAUUGGGUCUGUCUGUCUCAGACAGAAGGGUCCCUUCCCUCUGGCAUGUUGACUGCACCGCACAGCUGGGUGUUAUCUGAAGACUUGCUAAGGGUGCACUUGAUCCCACUGGCCAUGAAGAUAUGAAAGAGCAUCAGUCCCAGUCCCAGUCCCUGAGGAAGAUCACACAUCAUUUAUUCCCAAAUCCAAUCUGGAUGGAAAGAAAAAAUCCCUGGGCUCUGCUCAUCUGCAUUUAAGGAGGAUGAAAGCACAAUGCAGGUGAGUUUGCAUGUGGUUGAGCUUUCCACUCUGCCCCUCAGAUUGCUCUGAAUUCAACCACGAGUGUUUUGCAACCAGGCUCUUGUUGGGUGAUGCUGCAGCUGGACAGAAUACCAAAUACAGCCACCAUGGUCGCAGAAUCAUAGGACUGUAGGAUCAUAGGAUCAUAGACCCAUAGAAUGGUUUGGUUUAGAAGGAACCAAAGAUCACCUAGUUACAAACCCCUGCUAUAGGCAGGGACACCUCCCUCUAGACCAGGUUGCUCAAAGCCCCAUCCAGCCUGGCCUUGAAUGCUUCCAGGAAGAAGGCAUCCACAUGAUACUGGCGUGCUUUCGCAUGUAUCACACUAUUGUUAUUAUAAUGGCCAAUAACUAGCUGCAGACAAAUGAGGUGACUCAGUGCCACACUUGAAUGAGCUUAACUACAUACCCAGUGGUAGGCAAAAGGUAAAACAACAGCACCAGGCAGGUAAUUGUUGGACCUGUUGCAAGGAAUUUGCAAGUGCAGGCAUCCCAGUUUUGCAAUCUUGCUCAUCUUAAUUUCCUUUGAGCACCACAUCUUCUGGCAGCGUAAGCUGGCUUCUUUUUGGAAGCGUUCAGCUUUAGUUCAGCUCUCUGGCUGCACUUGCACAGGGGUCAAUAAAUGUUUAACUCCAUGGAUAGGUGUAGGCUGAAGCAAAUGGGACAAAUCUUCCAUAGGCUGAUAAACAUUCUUUCCUAUUUAUUUUUUGCCGGUGAUACUAACUGGAGUAAAGAGGGGUGUAGAGAUGGAGUAGUGGCACUACUCACUGCACGCUCUGCAAGGGCCUGGCACAAUCCCUUCAGGCUUGCAGCCAUGUGACAGGGCUUACAGUCUGCCAUUGCCUGCAGGUAGGGAUCUCUGUAAACAAGGAAGAGAGCAGCUCCGCAUUGAUGUAAGUUUCUUUUUUGUUUGUCAUCCAAAGAGAAGGAAGAAAAGGUGGAUUUCUUUGGAACUGGCUGGUUGAUUGCUGGGCUUGUGGGUGGCCCCAGAGCUUGCUGCCCCUUCCUGCUCCCUUUAGCUGUUGUCCUCAUCCAUCUCCAGCCCAGGCGGUCAGAGUGGGCAGAAUACACACCGAGCUGGUGAGAUGGUGCCAAGCAUAGCCACAGUGCACAGGAGUGGGAGAAGAGUUGAGGUGGAAACCAGGUGCCACUAGCAUGGGGCAUCGGGACUGCCAGCAGCCACAGAGCAGCCGUACAGGCAGUAAUGGUGGAUAAAUGGGCUGAAAUGGGAGAUCUUUGGCUGCUUUCCUUUUGGUGGGAGGGACGCCCAGCGCUUUUCAUGUUUGACUUCCUUUCCCUGAAGCAUCAGCUGCCUGUGGGUAGAUGAUGCAAUUAACAGCAAUGGCAAAAGAAUGAGGGCAGGUGCCCCUAGCGAGGAAGGCAGAGGAGGUUGUACAGAAGUUAGCUAUUUGUGCGUUGGCAGCCAUACAGGAGUCAGUUAUUUGCAGGAUGGCAGCUAUACUCUGACCUCGGAUACCUGGAGACCCGGCUAACAAAGUCCGAGCUGCAAGCAGUCAUCUGUAAGAUGUGAUGGAGGACAAGCAAAGCUGCCUUGAGCUGUUGUCUGCCUGAAGGAGGAAAGAAGGCCAUUGCAACAUGCCAAAGAGAGGAAUGGAAUUGCCCUUCUCUGCCUAUGAGGCAGUGAGGAAGUUUCAGGCUGGUCACUGGGGGAAAAUCUAACAUGUACAGCCAGUCGGGGCAGCGGGGUGGAGGACAGCAUGUCUGGGAGGUGGUGGAGCCUCUGUCGUCACCUAACAUUGAGGAAAAAUUAUCUGUUGAAACUAUAUAGACAGCAAAACCAGUGGGGGCUGAGCUGGCGGUCUGGGAGAUGGCUGCAGAUUUCUCAGCCUGGUUGUAAGGGGCUAUAGGAGCUGGGAAAUAAGUAGGAAAUCUUCUUAGCUGAUAUAGGUCACCGUAAGUUGCAUUCCCUGCAAACAGGGAAGCGUGUUGUAGGAAUUAUGCUUUGAGCCUGAGCGUUUUCAGGAGCUAAUGAAAGGCACUUUGUAAUUACGUCAAGAAGAAGAGAAACAUCUCUAUAGUUACUUAGUAACGAAGAUACUUUGUCAACAUGGAAGUGACAGGGCUCUUAUUGCCUAGUUAGCUACUCAGGAAAAUUGAACUAUUUACAGCAGAGGCAUUCAAUGCUCUAUUUGCCAAUGCUGCAUUUCGGUGGUACAGCCAUGGAAAUGAAGGCUCGUUAAUAACCUGGAGUUUGUAGUGCUAGAAUCAUGGCGGAGCCCCUUGGAAAAAGAAUUAACGCUUGCUGUGAAUGGGUUUUAUAUCUGCAAGGUGUGCUUUAUGGGAUGGAGCAUUAAACCAGCUCCGUGAAUCAGAGGGUAUGGAUGCUAUGAAGCUGCUGAUCUUGAACUCCAGUUCAUUUUUAAAGACACAUACAGCUCAGCAGAAACCCAUGGCAGCAGGUGAGCUUGACGGCCUCUAACUUUAUUCCAGUCAGGGUUAAAAAAGUCUCCUGAUAAAUAGGGCGGAAAGAAGACAAUUCAUAGAGGCCACCUUCUGCCAGCAACUGGUGAAGCUGCAGCCUCCUACGAGCCAGGGACAUGAGAGCUGGAAAAAAUGCUGCUGGGGAUGCUUUUAAACACUGGCACGCUGUGGAAAGGUUGGCAUGUUUUAAUGCCUCCUUUCUGCCUUUUGAUUUAUUGCAGGUACCACUCACUCUCCCCUCUCUGUUUAUAACACAGAAUUAAUGCACAAGAUCAGCUGCGACAAGCAACACGGGGAAAGCGCAUGUGAAAGACGUGAACCUUUAGAGCAGGAAAUAAACCCCGGUAUUCAAUAUUCCAUCGUUGCAUUUAAUUAGGAUAAUUGAUUGCUGCUCUUUUGCAAGUGGCAUGAAGUGUGAGCAGCCGUGAGCCACAGAGAAGCAGAUGGAUGGGGCUGGAGGAAGCUGUGGACAGGAGCUAUGGGCGCUGUAUGUGGCUGUGCAGCCUUAUGGGGUCCCACUGCUCCAGGUGGCCUGGGGGUGUCCCUUCAUUAGCACUACUUUUAAUCAGCAGCGAGCACCCAGCAGGCAAAUUGUGUGGAAAAAGAGGAAAAGAGGAAACUGCAGGAAAGCCAAUGAGUAGGUCCCCUGCCGCGCUGAAGCAACUCCCUUGUUCUUUCCAAAGUAGGCUGCAUAAAUAUUGAUCUUACUGGGAUGUGUCCUACAUUCAUUUGCACAGACGUUACAAAUGUGCUUAAGAAUGAGAAAUCAAUCUUGUUUUCCUGUGUGGUAAACAUGGGCAGCCGAGGAUGUGCAUAGAUAAUGUGAAUUACAGCUCUCAGCCUGGCCACUUGGACGCUGGGUUGGAAGAAGUGCCCUUGGGUAACAGAAGAGAAAAAGAUGUUCUCACCUACUGCACUAUUUUAAGGUAUUUUCACAAAUCCCUCUGCAGACCCUUUAAAAUGCCUUCAACUCCCAUUUCAGUCCUUGUAAUAAUCUGUAUGUUAACUGGUUUUCCACUGAAUUUGCUCGGGUUGCUUUUUCACAACCUGCUGCCAGGAAGUCCAAGUACAACCUUAGACAUUCGUAUCACUUCAUCACGCCGUCUCCCAUUAACCUUUCAUAUGGCGUAGCAUUGCGACAUCGUAAUUUGGAAAAUCAUAUCAUUAGGUUGCAAAAGCUGUAGGAUUCUUGCAGUAGACAGCCGCGGGGUGGCUUCUGAGUCACUGGAUAAUUAAUAAUUAAUAAUAAUUGUUGGAUAAUCUAUUUAGACAGUCACACUGUAGGGAAUUUAUUACUGUUUCCUCUGGAGAAUACUGCCACGAAUGGAAUAAAACUUUAAUGUGUCUCCUC